CCCCACCCGCCAUCUCUGACUCCUCUCUCCCUUCCCUUCUAAACAUGAACAAGGACAGCAAGAAGACGAGACCUCUCCUGCAGUCAAUAAUCCCAUACUCACCUCGCUUGGCAGAAGAGAGACUUUCUUCCAGGGAUAAAUAAGAACAUAGACUUGUGAGUCCCUCUGUCUGAAAAUCUGAUCGACCUCCACACAUCAGUCACUGUUCGUCUGCCGGUGCAAGCCACGAUCCGAGUCCGGGGCCACCACCGCAGCGGCGGCGGCGAUCUUUUCUCUCCGUCACCGCCGAUCAGGCAGAGAAGAGCGGCGGAUCAAGGCAAGAUUUGCAGGCGUCUUCAAGCCCAGGGGCAGAGACAGAUGGUUCCCAACGACGCGAGCCGCGGCGGCGAGAUCGUGGAGGUCGUCGUAGGCGAGCCGGCCUCGCCGUCGGCCGCAAUGCGGCUCAUGGACUUCAUCCCCAUCUACUUUCCCACCGUGGAGAAGGGAGCGCUGAGCAGGGGCGCGCGCAAGACGCGGUUCCUGGACUUCCUCCGCGCGCGCCCGUCCAAGAAGUGGUUCCUCCGGUCCACCUUCGUGGGACGCCUCCGCCGCAGGAGCCAGGUCACGGCCGGGGACGAGGAAGACGGCCGGGACUCCGACGGUAACGCUGGUGGGUGCCGGCCGCGGAGGAGGCGGAGGCGGUUCCGCGUGCCGUUCGUGCGGAAGAUCAGGUGGGGCAAGCUGUGGACUCACGUGGUGAGCUGGUGCAGGCGGCCGGCCAACUUCGCGAUGAUCAUGUGGCUGGCGUUCGUCGCGGCGGGGCUGCUGCUGCUGUUCCUGCUCAUGACGGGGUUGCUCGACGACGCCAUCCCGGGGGACGACUGGCGCAAGAAGUGGUCGGAGGUGAUCAACCAGAUCCUCAACGCGCUCUUCACCAUCAUGUGCCUGUACCAGCACCCCAGGAUCUUCCACCACCUCGUGCUGCUCCUCCGGUGGCGCCCCGACGGCGACCGCGAGGCCAUCCGCAAGGUGUACUGCAAGGAGGGAGCGCCGGUGCCGCCCCGCGACCGCGCCCACAUGCUGGUGGUGGUGGCGCUGCUGCACAUCACCUGUCUGGCCCAGUACUUCUGCUGCGCUCUGUUCUGGAGCUACUCGCGCACCGACCGGCCGAACUGGGCUCUCAACAUCGGCUACGGCUUCGGCACGGGGCUCCCCGUCAUCGCCGCCCUCUACUUGGCCUACAGCCCGCUGGGCCGGAAGCAGGCACGCGACCCCGACGCGGAGCCGUCGUCGUCGGGCGAGGAGGCGAACGGUCACGGCGGGGCGCCGGAGAACGGCGGCCGCGACGUGGAGAUCAGGAUAUACAACCGGUCCGUGGUGGUGAGCAGGCCGGAGUGGAGCGGCGGGCUGUGCGACUGCUGCGACGACGGGACGGUGUGCGCGCUGUCGGCGACCUGCACCUUCUGCGUCUUCGGGUGGAACAUGGAGCGCCUCGGAUUCGGCAACAUGUACGUGCACGCCUUCACCUUCAUCCUGCUCUGCGUCGCGCCGCUCCUCAUCUUCAGCGUCACGGCGCUCAACGUCUACGACGACGACAUCCGCGACACCGUCGUGGCCGUGGGCGUGCUCCUCUGCUUCUGCGGCUUCCUCUACGGCGGCUACUGGCGGACGCAGAUGCGGAAGCGGUACAAGCUGCCGGCAGGAGGUGGCGGGCGGCGGGCCGCGGUGGGCGACUGCGCCAAGUGGCUCUUCUGCUGGAGCUGCGCGCUCGCGCAGGAGGUCCGGACGGCUAACUUCUACGACUUCGACGACGAUCGGUUCGUCGGCCACGGGGCGCGCAACGAGGAGGGCCGCGCCGUGCUGGUGCCACUGCCGCGGGAGGCGUCCACGUCGACGCACUCCCGGAGCCUGUCGUGCCCGCCCAAGAUUGACGCCAUGGCAGCACUGAGCGGCGCCGGCACGGGCACACUGGAUGAGCAGAUGGUCGACAUCGCGAUGGGGAGGUCGGCCACGUACAACGGCUAUGGCGAUGCCAUGAGCCCGCCUUUGCCGCCGCUGAUACAAAUGCACAGGGAGAAUUAGUUGCUACUAUAUGUGGAUGUGUUGUAGCGCAGAUGAGCUCUCCGUGUGCUGUUGCUCGAUGAUUUCAUGCUAUAUGCGCGUUUGGCUGCGCCCAACCUAAAACAGAACACCAUAAACGCAAUCAAAAAGGGCAAUACUAUACAUAAAGUCCUUAUGAGAACAUAAUGUUUUAUUACAUUAUUUAGUACAUAAGCAGAU